GCAUCGUAGCCAUUAAGCCAGAGACAACAUUGCGGGAAAACCGACGGUCGGAGGGGGGGAAGUUCAUUCACGAUUUUCUGGAAAUUUCAUCCUCACGCCUCUGUUGCUUUCACGAUAGUAUUUGACAUUACUGCGUUCAUCGUCGUUUGGUUCCUUCAAAGCUGAGCUACAGCUACCCUGUGAGGUGUUAUCUUUUCUUUUUCCCCCGUGGUUUCAUCAGCGGUCUUCUCUGAGAAAGCCAGGGACUAGGACACACGCUGAUGGCGGUCACAAUCGAGGAGCUCUAUCGGAACUACGGAAUCCUUGCUGAUGCUAAAGAGAACCUCAGCCAGCACAAAGAUGCCUACCAAGCAAUCCUGGACGGCGUAAAGGGGGGUCCCAAAGAGAAGCGACUGGCGGCACAGUUUAUUCCUAAAUUCUUCAGCAGCUUUCCAGAGUUGGCAGAUGCCGCCAUAAAUGCCCAACUUGAUCUCUGUGAGGAUGAAGAUGUAUCUAUUCGACGGCAAGCCAUCAAGGAGUUACCCCGGUUUGCAACGAGCGAAAACAUUUUCCGAGUUGCUGAUAUUCUGACCCAGCUCCUUCAGACAGACGAUACAGCAGAGUUCAACCAAGUGAAUGCAGCACUGAUUUCAAUUUUCAAAAUGGAUGCUAAGGGUACGCUUGGAGGUCUCUUCUCACAGAUCCUGCAGGGCGAGGACAUCGUGCGAGAAAGGGCCAUCAAGUUUCUGUCCACCAAACUGAAGACUUUAACAGAGGACGUCAUGACGAAGGAGGUGGAGGAGUACGUCUUUGCUGAGACAAAGAAGGUGAUGGAGGAUGUCACAGGAGAGGAGUUUGUGCUUUUGAUGCGGGUGGUGUCUGGUCUGCGGGUGCUGCAGUCUGUAAAUGGACGACAGCAGCUUGUGGAACUGGUGGUGGAUCAAGCUGACCUGGAACAAGCCCUCAAUCCAGCAGACCCAGACACUGUGGACCGGCUCCUGCAGUGCACUCGGCAAGCUCUACCAUUAUUCUCUAAAAAUGUCCAUUCCACCCGAUUUGUGACGUACUUCUGCGAAAAUGUCCUGCCUAACCUCAGCACCCUGACGAGUCCCGUGGCAGAGCUGGACAUCCAACUGGAGGUGCUGAAGCUGCUGGCGGAGAUGAGUCCGUUCUGUGGAGAUAUGGAGAAGCUUGAGGCCAACCUCAACACAUUGUUUACCAAGCUUGUGGAAUUCAUGCCCCUGCCACCUGAAGAGGUUGAGAACGGUGAAAACUCUGCAAGUGAGGAGCCCAAACUACAGUUCAGCUACGUAGAGUGUCUCCUAUUUAGUUUCCACCAGCUGGGCAGGAAGCUGCCAGACUUCCUUGUGGACAAAGUGGAUGCUGAGCACCUCAAAGACUUCAAGAUCAGGUUGCAGUAUUUUGCCAGAGGUCUGCAGGUUUACAUCAGACAGCUGCGUGUGGCGCUGCAGGGGAAGACAGGAGAUGCUCUGAAGACAGAGGAGAACAAAAUCAAAGUGGUGGCCCUCAAGAUCACAAACAACAUCAAUGUUCUCAUCAAGGAUCUUUUCCACAACCCUCCAUCAUACAAGAGCACAGUAACCUUGUCCUGGAAACCUGUCCAGAAGCCAGAGGCGGCAGCGCCCAAACGUCCAUCAGGUGAAGAAAUGGGAUCUGGUGGUAGCACAAAAAAACCGAUUACACCUCUGCCACGACGGGACGCGAGACAAAUUUACAACCCCCCCAGCGGCAAGUACAGCGCCACUAUUGGCAAUUUUAACUACGAACAGCGCGGUGGCUUCAGGGGCGGCCGAGGACGAGGCUUCGGGGUGAGAGGCAACAGGAGCCGAGGCCGAAUCUACUGAGACAGACGUGUACAUUUUGUUCUGUGAACUGCGUCUAACUCACCAGAAUGAACUAUUUGUCACCUACUUAUACCUUUUUUUCUUUUAAUUUUCCUUUUUGUUUUUUUUUCUACCCUUUACUGUCUUUUAUUUUAUUCGUAUUGCCAUUCAUUUGGGGGUCUGAGUUUCUGUCUUAAGCAUUUCUGGCUCCAACUUUUCUACUUGCCAUUAUGACAUCUAGUAGCUGUAUUUCUCUUGGCCGAGGUAAUGGUAAAUCUAGGUGUGUGUGCAUUAUUUUUUUCUCCCUCUUCUUUUUUCUCAAACUUUUAAACAUUGUGUGUAUUUUCGUGGAACAAAAGACUACCAACCUGUAACUAAAUAUUUUUGUCACAUUGUUGUGGGAAAAGAUGAAGAUCCUCUUGUUUAGCAGCAUGUCAAUGAAUUUGUUCAUUUCUUUUUUAUUUAACCAUGUUUUUGGUUUUGUUUUUUUAACAGAGCCUAAUUAGAGUUGGCUGACUGCUUCUUUGUACAAAUCAAUGAUGCUGUUUCAUUGGAUUUUUAUCAUAAACUUAAAUGGAAGUACAA